GUAUCUAUAAUUCUUAUCCAAUCUUCACCUCCUACUCGCCCGCAGAUCGAUACAAUCCCACUUUCUAGGAAGCAUAUCCAGCCAUCCCGAUUAUAUCUAUCAGCGUCCUCCAUCCCUCGCGCGCCCGUUCAAUUACUGAGCUGUAGAAGUCAGUCGACUGGGCCUGACGAGACUGCUCUUCGUUCUAGCAUAAUGCGGCCCUAGUGGUAUUAGAUCCUCCCGCAUUAAGCCCUGGACGAAACGCUCUUGGUAAAUACUCGCCGAUAACAAACGAUGCGAAGUCAUACCUCGAGAGUCCCCAGUACUCCUACGCCUUAUUCGAGCUACACCGACGUCGAUCCCGACGAGACUCAAGAUGCGUAUACGACAGACCGUGUUUCGCCCGACAAGAUGACAGGCGCUUGUGGAUCCAAGCAAGAAAGGCAUUGGCCGUCUUCCUCUGCCAUCAUCCCAGCUAAACGACGUGUAAACUCUUCGUCUUCUGCUAGUAUUAUACUGCGUUCUUUGGUAGCAUGUAGCUGGAUUCGUACCGCUUCGGCCGUAAUGGUGCCGUUCGACAACUGCCUAGACAGCAACUACAUCUACACUAAUCAACCGCAGGGAGAAGCCCAACUUCAAUGGAUCCCCUUGCAUGUCGAUGCCGUGUUCGAUACCGUGGACCCUUCCCAUAAUUUAAUGGUCACGGUUUGGGGAAAUGUGACGGGCCGCGCUGGUAGCAGUGCACUGCCAGCAUGGGAUUCCACGGAUUGGAACGACCCAACCAAGGUACUUAAUGGGAAAAUACAAAAUGAGCCCGAUCUGAGUGUACCGGUCAGCCAGCGCAAAGUGACUACUUUACACAAAAAAGUCGAUGUCCUAACCUACGAGCCCUACGUCAACAAUGUGAAUUUCUGCGAUAACCUCAUUAAUGGGACUUGUCCGCUUGGCCCCGUAUUUGGUGACAUAUCCUCGAACACUUCCACUACCGAUGGGCUUCCUUCGUUUAAUAUUUCAAAUGACUUUUCUUCGACAUACGCAUUCACUUCGUUCUCUCCAACCUUCAUUAUUUGGUACGGCGAUACAGCGAAAACCACGAUCGGAUGUGUAUCUGCAAUCGUCACGCCAGACCUUGGGGGAAUCGCAUGGCCUCUCAAAUUCACCCCCCUAUUUGUUCUGAUUUUGGUGGGAUUCGCAACAGCUUUUGCAGCAAUUUCCAGUCCAUGGGGCACUAGCGACGUCUUCCAUUGGACCUCCAAUUAUGGAAGAGAUCCGGACCUUUUACGUCUAGUUACCCCAGGAUUUGGAGAUUGUCUCCAGUACAUCCAGUUUAUUGUUUUGACUGGGAGUCUCACCCUGGAAUACCCCGGGUUCUAUCAGCCUGUCGCCAGCCAAGUCUCGUGGUCCUCGUUGAUGUUUAAUGAGAGUUUUGUGACUAAUGCGACUCCGUGGCAAAACAUAGUCGACGGUAUCUAUUAUACAAAUGGUACAUACGGCCUCGAAAAUAUUGCACAGUUAGAUGGCAUGAGCGAGGUUCAAGAUAUCUGGGCUGGGAUGAUGGUAUGGCUGCUUGUUAUUAUCGGCGCUACGCUUCUCUUGAUACAGGUCGGCUUCUUUUUUCGAUGGCUUCUGCGGUAUAUUAGUCGUGUUCCCGAGGAAGACCUUCGAGCCAAGAACAUGCCCUUUUCGGCCGGCAAUGUCAUUCGUCUCGUCUUCAGCUAUUUCCUACUACCUAUAGUUGCGCUUUCCACCUUUCAGCUGGUGGUCUCUACACGAUCUGCGGGUUACCUAAUAGCGUUGGCUGUCCUCACUCUGGUUGUGAUCAUUGGGUUUGCGAUAUGGCUCAUGCAUCUCAUCGCAAAUACCAAACCCAGGUCUCAUCUAUUCGAUGAUUUAUCGACAGUCCUUCUUUACGGACCUCUUUACAAUACGUAUUCCGACGAAGCCGCUGCUUUUGCGCUGAUUCCGAUCAUAUUAACAAUUAUGCGAGGCAUUGCGAUUGGCGCCGUGCAGCCGUCCGGUACCGCCCAAAUAGUAAUAUUGGCCGUUUGCGAGGUGAUCCAAAUACUUACACUUCACGCGUUCCGGCCUUUCCAUUCGCCUACCUCGAUGAAUGCUUAUCAUACGGGGUUCUCAAUAGUCCGUUUCGUGUCUGUCAUACUAAUGGUUGCAUUCACGCCAAGUUUGGGAAUCUCGGAAGGUCAGAAGGGAUGGAUCGGUUAUGCAAUUUUAUUGAUACACGCCUGUGUUCUUGUUUUUGGUUUCUUUCUUAACGCGUUACAGACGAUCAUCGAGGUAAUUGCGCGUUUAUUGGGUGCUGGGGGAGACGACAUCGAUGGUCAGACGAGGGGUGGAUUAUCCAAGAUCUUCGGCGCUCGUCAACUUUCCAGACGUGUGGACCGACGUGGUGGCCCAUCCCGACAAAGCCAGCUUAGUAGCACUGCUAUGUUAAGCUCUGAAGUCGCGACUAAGAGAGGUUAUGGUCGCGUGAGAAGUGAAUCAGCUGGUAGUAUGGGUAUCAUAAUUGGACCAAACCAGAGGAGUUCUAGCGCUCUGGACGCCCGGAGUGUAGACGCAUAUUCGAUCCCGCUAGGUAGUGGUGGCGCAUUUACCCCGACGACAACAACCCCUGGAGAUACCAGUACCUUCUCCUUCCUGCCGUCCCCAGGACAAGCCACUCGCCCUCAACCUACUGCAGAUCCCUAUUAUCGCCCCCCACGUGCUCGCCGAGCAACCAUUGACGAUGGUUCGUCGUCGCCGAAUCGAACCCGUGGUUCCUUAGGCAGCGUCGACUUAUCGAACCAUCGGUUAAGCCAGCCCGAGCAGCAGCUUACGGAUGUGGAUAACAGUGCACCUUCUCCGGGGAGAAUAAAUCCGCCCCCGGCACCUGCACCAUAUAUACCAGUCUUCGCUCCAAGAACAGAUUACUCGACUCGCGAGGUUGAUUUCUACUACGGGGUACGCGGUCCAGCAUUGAACUCCGAGGGAGCAGGUCGCAGACUAGGUACGGGACCUGCAGAUCCUACCAGUCCAGUGGCAAACGCUACAGGAUGGCUUAAGCGCCUCUUUGGUGGGAAAACUAAGGAGAAGGGCAAGGGCUUCGAGGUAGUUAGGAGUGCUAGAAUGCCGCCUGCGAUGAAGGCAAGAGGCGGAGAAUUUAGCGAUGACCCACCAGAAGGUAUUCCUGUAGCUAUGGGCGUAGUACGCAAUGGGCCUAUAGAAAGCGACGACGAGGAUGAUACGCCAAGGUCGAGGAAGAGCAAGCGCACCGUGGAAGACAGCGCUGGGGGUGAGUUGCUAGAUGAUGACGGCGAAGCAGCUCGAUCGGAAGAUUCCAUGGACCUAGCCGAGUUCAGAAGAGUAUCUAAAGAUCCUCCGCUUCUACCCGACCUGGAUGCCGGCUCGAGCUUUAGGGUACCUAGCAGGCUUCCCUCCAAAGCAAGCAGACAGGCAUCACAGAGGACUGUAAACCCACCGACAGAAGCCGGCGAUAUACCCGAGGUACCGAGAAAGAGCUCAAAACGGAAUUCAAGCGUGGAUCCAUUAGCUGGUAGACGACUUCAACCCGUGCCAUCUAUAGAGCUCCCGCCGUCACAGACGCAAUCCGAAUCUACAAUGCGCCCUGGUGGUACGUCGGCGAGAUUGCCUUUUGACCGAAGUAAUUCACAGAACCGCCUUUCGGUAUCGUCGACAGCGGAGACGGAGGAUUCUAACCCAAAUCCCCCGUCUACCAGUACUGAAGAUAGACCUACGAGCUACGGCCACGUCCAUCAUCAUAAUAUUAGCAGAGUCGACCCCGAUCAAAGGAUGGAUCUUCUCGGAAGCACUGCAGAGGUAGUAGGCGGCUCGAGGAAACCAAGCCCCGGCUCGUCAACAUCUAGGCGAACCUGAUUCUAGCUUGAUCCUGAAGCAUGCCUAGUUCUACCAAUCAUAUAUAAUCACGUUUAACGAAUUUUCUUGAGUUGCUGUAUAGGAUUUGAUGUAUAGAAAGAGUCGAGCUCCUUUUGUUCGACCUGGACUAUAAUUGGGAAUAACAAGCGAGGCGGUUUUGACAUUUUGCGGAUGGGACUAGCAAGGCGCUUAAGGAUCUGAUCACUCACAUUUCACGGCAAAUGAUGUUUCGAUAUCUUUAACCCGGUCCUUGUUUAUAACUCGUUAUCUACGACGAACUUUGUGUUGAGCGAUGGCGUACAAAAAAGCGUAGUGAGGUACAGAAUAUGGUUGAAAUCAUGGUACAUGUCGUCGGAAGGGCGUACGCAUAUAAUGGCAUGUGUGUGGGUAGGUGGGGGGAAGAGGAGGGGAUUUGUAGAGAAUGGAAGACUUAUAAUAAUACCUACAACUCACGCAUUGCUUACCUAUACUAGUGAUAUAGCGAGCCUCUUAUUCGAUCAUCCCACUCCGAGGUCCGCACUG